AUGGAAUGUGUCAAAACUCUUGCCACAGGGCUUAAAGAGAUGAUUGUCGGCACUGUCCCCGCAGCCAAUCUCACGGACACCCCCGCAGCCAUCAUCAAACUCAUCGACUCGCUGGCUCGCACUGAUCUCCCCACUUCUCCUCCCUCUGUCUACAUUGACCUCGAGGGUAUUGAUAUCGGCCGGCAAGGCUCGAUAUCAAUCCUCCAAGUCUAUAUCCUCCCAUCUAAGGAGACGUUUCUUGUGGACGUUCAUACUCUUGGUAAACAAGCAUUCUGCACUCCAAACACAUCUGGCCUCACCUUACAAACUAUCCUGGAAUCCGAGCUCAUUCCAAAGGUUAUCUUCGACGUCCGCAGUGACUCCGAUGCCCUGUACAGCCACUUUGGCGUCAAGCUCGGAGGGGCUAUUGACCUUCAACUUAUGGAACUCGCCACUCGUUCUCACAGCCGAAAAUUCGUUAACGGGCUUGCAAAAUGCAUGGAUCGAGAUCUUGUGCAAACUUCCGAAGAGUUUAGAGUACGAGGCGCCAUCAAACAACGUGGAAAGGAACUUUUUGCAACGGAGAAGGGGGGUAGAUGCGAAGUCUUUAAUGAUAGACCUCUUGACCCAGCGAUCGUGGAUUAUUGUACUCAGGACGUUGAACUCAUGCCCAAGCUCUGGGAAAUAUACAACGCAAAACUUAGUACGUUACACACAGGGUGGGCUACUAAAAUUCAGGAAGAAACGAGGGCUAGAAUUUUGCGAUCUCAGAGCCCAGCGUAUAAUGGACAAGGCCAACAAAUGGCAAGAGCACCAAGCGGGUUUUCAAGCAUUGCUUGA